CGCGAGUGACCGCCUCUCUCACUUCCAUCAUUUCCUAUCCGUCCUUUCUCGGAAGCUGACUCAGAUUCUCUCCGGACUGGCGUCAUUCAGUGGAGUGUCGGUGGAACAGUGAGGAGUUAGUGUGGUGUCUAUGAAGGGCGUGGUUAGUGCAUAGUAGGGCGUGGGUGUGUGUAGUGGGCGUGGGAAUUGGUCUGUCCAAAAGUGGUGGUGAUACAUCUGCUGGUUAGUUCACCUGCUGCUCGUCUCGGUUCACCUGCUCCUCACCUCGUCCUUUGCUGUGCUAGAGGUGACCAGUGACCAUGUGGCUGAGGCUGAGUCGUGUGGCGGUGUGGGCGGCAGUAGUGGCGGUGGUGUGUGGCGUGGCUUGGGCUUCAUCAGGAUGCAGCAACAAGAAUUCCUGCUCUGGCUGCAUCCAGACCCCGAACUGCAUGUGGUGUGGCCGCUCUGGGAACUUCACUGGAGUGGAUGGGAAGAGUCUCCCUCGCUGCAUCCAGCUCACAGACGACAUUGCUAGUGAGUGGCGGCAGGCAUGUGGGGACAAUGUUAACGAGCCAGCCAACUACUUUGAGGUGCUCAUCAACAACGAGCUGACUCAGGCUGGAGGGCUGGCGACAGGUGAAGGCGCCGCAGGGAGUGCUGGUGCGGCAGGCAGCUAUGGGGAGCAAGUGGUGCAGAUCAAACCCCAGCGUGUCAGCAUGCAGCUCAGAGUCCAGGAGUCACUGAACAUGCAGGUGACCUUCAGACAGGCUGAGGACUACCCUGUUGACCUCUACUACCUCAUGGAUCUCUCCAACUCCAUGAAGGACGACAAGGAAUCUCUCUCCAAGCUUGGCAUCGAGCUGGCCACUGAGAUGGACAAGAUCACCCGCAACUUCAAGCUUGGGUUUGGCUCUUUCGUGGACAAGACUGUGAUGCCGUAUGUGAGCACCGUGCCCCAGAAACUCGUUGAGCCCUGCAGUGAGUGUGCUGCUCCCUACGGCUUCAAGAACGCCCUCAGUCUUAACAGGGAUGCCUCUAUCUUUGCUGAGAAGGUCCAGGAGGCACCAGUGUCCGGCAACUUGGAUGCCCCUGAGGGUGGCUUUGAUGCCAUCAUGCAGGCCAUCGUGUGUCAGGAGCAGAUUGAGUGGAGGCAAGAGGCUCGGCGGCUCCUCCUCUUCUCCACAGAUGCAGGAUUCCACUAUGCUGGGGAUGGGAAGCUCGGAGGCAUUGUGAAGCCCAAUGAUGGAGAGUGUCACCUCAAUGAGAGGGGCGAGUACACCCACUCUGUGCUGCAGGACUACCCCUCUGUCUCUCAGAUCAACCAAGUGGCCAAGCUGCACAAGAUCAACCUCAUCUUUGCCGUCACACGAGAACAGUCUGCUGUGUACUCACGUCUUGCUCAGAUGAUUGAAGGUUCCAGCCAGGGAGAGUUGACCCAGAACUCAUCUAAUGUUGUACAGCUGGUCAAGGAUGAGUAUGCGAAAAUUACCAGCAAGGUUGAGCUGAAGGACAAUGCCACAUCCCCAGUAAUAAUCAAGUACUACUCCAAGUGCAAAGGAAUCACUGAGAAGGAGACGUCUGAGUGCAAGGGUCUGUUUGUCGGGGACCAAGUGGAGUUCCGAGCUGAGAUCACUGUGGAUAAGUGUCCAGAAGAUCCCAGUGAGUGGAAUCAGGUGAUCGGCAUCUACCCGGUGGGGCUGCGUGAAUCUCUCAUCAUUGACCUGGAGAUGAUCUGUAACUGUCCCUGUGAGCGCCCUGGCGAUGAGGGUUACGAGGUGGCAUCGGACGAGUGCAGCGGCCACGGCACCUACCAGUGUGGCGUGUGCGACUGUGACAAGGGUUACCUGGGCAGCCGGUGUGAGUGUGGCUCCAGCACUCCCUGGGGCGUCGGUGGAAGCUUUGACGACUCCAGCUGCCGUCAGACAAACACCUCGGCCAUCUGCAGCGGCCGUGGCACCUGCACCUGUGGCGAGUGCAAGUGUAAUGAGCGGGAGAAUCCUAAUGAGCGUGUUGAUGGUGACUUCUGUGAGUGCACCAACUUCCUGUGUAACCGCUUCAACGGCAAACUGUGUGGUGGCCUCGACCACGGCGAGUGUGUGUGCAACAAGUGUCAGUGCAAGCCAGGCUGGACUGGAGACAACUGUAUGUGUGAAGACAGCAAGGACCAGUGCAUGAACCCACAAACUGGGGAGGAGUGCUCAGGUCAGGGUGUGUGUGAGUGCAACCAGUGCAAGUGUAAGGAGGGCAAGGAGGGACGUUACUCUGGGAAAUACUGUGAAGACUGCCCGCUUUGCGGGACAGAGUUUAAGUGCGUGGACUUUAAGGAAUGUGUGCAGUGCCGAGUGUUUGAGACAGGACCGCUGAGUGAAGAUCCUGAGGAAUGUGCCAACUGCUCCAUUCUUGUCAGCUGGGUCACAGGCCAGCCUUUUGCCAACUACAGUAUUAACGUGACUGAAUAUCUUGAAGUUGAGGAGGAAGGAGAGCGCCUGUGCACCUUCUUUGAUGAGAAUGACUGCCGCUUCAAGUUUGUGUACGGCUAUGAUGAAUUCAAGGAGCCUGUGGUGCGCGUCCAGGAGGUCCUCGAGUGCCCCCCAGAACUCGAUCUUCUCGGCAUCAUCCUGGGUGUGAUCGGCGCUAUCGUGGCUGUGGGGCUGGCACUGCUGUUCAUGUGGAAGGUCCUCACCACCAUACACGACCGCCGGGAGUACGCGCGCUUUGAAAAGGAACGCAUGAUGGCUAAAUGGGACACUGGUGAGAAUCCGAUCUUCAAGCAAGCCACUUCAACCUUCAAGAACCCAAUGUAUGGCGGGGGCAAGUAAGCUGUCCCUCGUCCUGCCUCAUCCUGAAGUGUUAGAUCUGAAGCCCCGUAGUGGCACCGCCUGGCACCUCCCUCCGUCCCUUGCCAGUAAAUUCAAAGAGGGAGCAUCCAGGAGUCUAUCCCACCCCUUGUGUUCUGUUAGCUGUUAGUGGUGUUUAUUUUGGUCACUUUUUUGUUACUCCCCACUCAUUGGUCGCGUGAUAACAUGUUACUUUUGUCUCUUAUUUACAUGACAUGUGCCUCUUGGCAUUCUUAUAUCUAAUCCUUAACAUCGUAAUACCAUUUUUUAUAGUAUUUAUAUAAUUUAACACUUUAAUACCUAUUCUAUCCAGCCAUAUUUUAUCCAUAAUUCCUCAUGUUUUAUCUUUUAUUUCGCAAGUGUUAUCACAUUUUCCCCAUGUUGGUGUGCUCCAUGUCAGCACUAAUGAACCUGUGUAAUGAUGUAGGCAGAUAGUGACUCUAGGAUAGCUCAGCUGGCUAACCAGUGUGACAUGUGCCAACCUUCUGUGUCUGCAUGUGUGUGUGUGUGUGUGUGUGCAUGUGUAUGUAUGUAUAGGUGUAGGUAUAUGUAAGAGUGUGUGUGUGUGUGUGUGUGUGUGUGUGUGUUAUAGAUAUGUGUAAUGUGUGUGUGAGAGGUAGUACUUGUUUGCAUUUGUAGUAUAUCUCUUCAAGUCAAUGUACAUAGUUAGUUCCUGUAGGUGCUUUAAUGAGUAGCAUUUUAAUAAUUUUUAAUAUUAUUCUAUUUUUAUGAGUGCCAGCCCAGUGGUGUAGUGCAUUGUUUAACACUCAGCAAGUUCUGGAUUCCAACUUCUUGCUAGGUGGAGACAGUUUGGCUUCAUUUAGCAGAGAAUAGGAAUGGAACCCAAGCUGAGGACCUUGCAGCCCAGCAAGAGUGGAAAGCUAUAGUCUUGCCCUCCUGUGUGUGUGUGUGUGUGUGUGUGUGUGUGUGUGUGUGUGUGUGUGUGUGUGUGUGUGUGUUGAAAUGAAAGCUCUAAAUGGUCUGCAUCACACCCUUAGUGGUAAACUGGCAUAAGUAUGAACAAACACAAUAAAUAAUCAGAUAUAGAUGUAUAGCAUAGGCAAUGAUGAAGCAUAUGGAUAGUUUAUGAAGCUUUACUAAUCUUUAAAGGUUUAUAUAAAAGUCACUGCUAAAAGGUUUAUGUGUAGAAAAUUACUUUAUUUGAGUCAUGGCUACAGUCUCCAGCCAGCACAGUGCCUUUGUCUCAUUCAGUGAAGUGCAGGAGCAACAGUGUCUCCAAAACACUGUGUUUGACAGUGCUAAACACAGCCACUAGUCAUUGUAGUGGUGGCUGGGCACUAAAUGGAGCCACAAGUCAGAUGUGAGGUGUCAGCGAAGUCGUCAGGGAAGGUGUUGGUGUUGUCUCACGUGCAGGGUAUCUGAAGUGUCUUUGAAUGCUGGAAAAAGGUGCUGAGUACUGAGUACAGUGUUUGUGGAGUAUAUCUAUAUUUUUAUGAAGUUGUUUAGUAGAGUGACAGGUGACCAAGGUUAUGUCUUGUGUUGGAGAAAGGUUACAAUCAGAGACAGCUACUUAAUGUAUCACAGUAUUCUCACACUGUAUCUCUUAAGUGUCAUUGCACAGCUCUCCUUGCUGAAGCUGAUCAUAGAAGUGGCUUAACUGUACAACUACUAUUUAAUAAAUUAAUGAAUAGA